CAGAGCUGCGCUCAGAUGGCUUUUGGGGACGCUGCUGUCCCCUGGGGUGCUGUGGAGGGAGGUGACACCAUAAAUUGUCCUUUUCCAUGUGCAGAGAGCCAGCCCACGACGUCGGACGAGACCGUGGUGGCCGGGGGCACGGUGGUGCUCAAGUGCCAGGUGGAGGAUCCUGAUGAUUCCUCGCUGCAGUGGUCCAACCCUGCCCAGCAGACCCUGUACUUCGGGGAGAAACGAGCCCUGCGGGAUAACAGGAUCCAGCUGGAGAGGUCCACCCCCAACGAGCUGACCAUCAGCAUCAGCGACGUGGUGCUGGCCGACGAGGGCGAGUACACCUGCUCCAUCUUCACCAUGCCCGUGAGGACGGCCAAGGCCCUGGUCACCGUGCUGGGAAUCCCCCAGAAGCCCCAAAUCUUCGGCCACGAGCAGCCCAUCGACGAGGAGAAGGUGGCGCGGCUCAUCUGCCGCUCGUCCGGCAGCAAACCCGCGGCGCAGCUGCGCUGGAGGAAGGGCAACAGGGACAUCAAGGACUCAGGCACCGAGGUGGUGGAGGACCCCAAUGGCAAGACCUUCACGGUGACCAGCAGGGUGGAGUUCCGUGUCACCAAGGAGGACAACGAGGUGGAGGUCACCUGCACCGUGGACCACGAGUCGCUGCAGAACUCGGAGAGGUCCACCACGCAGAAGCUGCAGGUCCACUACAAGCCCACGGCGAAGAUCGAGCCCCACCCGCAGUACCCACGAGAGGGGGAGAAGCUGCAGCUGCAAUGUGACGGGCAGGGCAACCCCAUCCCGCAGGAAUUCCUCUGGGAGAAGGAGGGCAGCGACGCUCCCCUGCAGCUCAGCUCCGACAGCGUCCUCAUCUUCCCCUUCCUCAACAAGAGUGACAGUGGCACCUACGUGUGCACGGCCACCAGCUCCAUGGGCAGCGUGGUGGCCAAGUACAACCUGGACGUCAGCGAUCUUCCCCAGCUCCCCACCCCACACGUUCACUCCACCCGGGGCCCUUCCCAGCCCAUCUCUCAUGCUUCCAUGGCCUCGGCUCCAUCCUUCACUCCAGCUCCCAUCCAAGAUGCCAGCCCGGUGCCCUCAACUUCCAGCACCUACCACGCGAUGAUCGGCGGGGUGGUGGCUGUCAUCGUCUUCCUCCUGCUCAGCCUCCUCAUCGUGCUGGGACAUUACCUGAUCAGGCACAAAGGCACGUACCUGACCCACGAGGCCAAAGGCUCGGACGACGCUCCGGACGCCGACACCGCCAUCAUCAACGCCGAGGGCGGCCAGGCCGGCGGCGACGACAAGAAGGAAUAUUUCAUCUAAGAGGGUCAGAGAGAGAGAGAGAGAGAGAGAGAGAAAAAUGGAGCCAAGAGAACCCCGAUGGCAACGGCAACCAGACCACAAACCCCACAAAACCCAACAGAUUUUCUCUGGCGCCCGGCACGGGCGGACGGAUGGACGGACAGAGGGAUGGCGGGACAGAGAGCAGGGAGAGCCACCGGCCUCGAGGCGCUGCUGACGCUUCUUGAACUUGUACAAAUCCUUCACUCCAACAGCGAGAGCCCCGGCCCCGUUUGCUUGCUUGCACCUCCAUCCCCACGCCCCGACCCCACAGACCAACCCGUGAGUGAGCGACUUCUUCCUUCUUCCUUUUGGACCUUUUUUAUUUCUUGGCUUUGGUUUCGUGGCUGCUCUUUGCUUCGGGCCCUUGGUUGGGGUGUUGGGCUGGGGUCGAUGUAGCUCUUCCCUUUGUUUCUCUCCCUUUUGGUUUCUUUGAUGUCCAAGGAUAAAAUCAGCUCCGGGUUCCCGGGGUGAGGUUGGGAUCCUGGGUGUCCCCGUCGUCCCCUCCCGUGGUGGGGGGUGACUCCAGGUGGGAGCAGAGCGAGACCCUGCCCCGAUUUUAUCCUUGGUGGUUCUUGUGGAGCAGUGUCCAUGCGGGAGCAGAGCUGUCCUCGUGCAGUCAGUGUGUGAAAGGGGGUGAAAGGCCAGGGUGGGACCCCCAGAGAGACCAGGAGCCCCCACAGCUCCCUGGUCCCACCCCAGCGGGAGGGGGGAGGGCUGAGGUUUAUUUUGGGGGUGCAAAUCUAGAGGAAAAGCCCCUGAUUUUUUUUUUUUAAAUUGUCCUCAAAUUCUCUGAUUGGAAAUGCCAAUUUUAACCAUCUAUUGAGACGUUCAGUGCAGGAGGCAGCGCCCCCGGGGCUGGGGCUGCUUCCCUGGGACCCCCAGAGCAGGGCUGGGGUCUCUCUGCCCCCCUUCCCUCCCCAGCCCCUUCCCAGGGCAAGGAAGAGCUUGGAAAGGGCUGAUUUUCUUCUUGGCUCUGAGAACCCCAACCAAAACACCUGGAUUUGGGGGCUGGGGAGUUUGGGGUCACCACAGAGGCUUGGAGGGGGGUUCACCCUUCUUCCUUGCCCUUCCUCCUGCCUCUUUCACAUUCACUUCCAAAACAAAACCAAACACCUUUCCCCAUCUCCCCAGCUCAGCCCCCCCAAACUGGGCACCCCCGGGAUGGGGCUGCUCCCCCUGGCAUCCUUAGGGCACCCCCAGCCUUGGCAUGAGGUGUUCUGGGAUCCCACAUCCCAGUCUGGGCACAAGGGGCUUGUAGGAGAUGCCCUUGGGCUGGGCACCCCGGGGAUUUGGGGUUUUCUGGAGGAGAGGAACCCUUUAGGAGGGGCAACCUCACCUGGGAGGUCGCCCCAUGGAUUUUGGGAGGGGUAACCUCACCUAGGAGGUCACCUUGUGGAUUUGGGGUCAUCUGGAGAAGAGGAACCCUUUGGGAUGGGGGUAACCUCACCUGGGAGGUCACCUCAUGGAUUUGGGGUUGUCUGGAGGGGAGGAACCCUUUGGGAUGGGGUAACCUCACCUUGAGAGGUCACCUCAUGGAUUUGGGGUUGUCUGGAGGGGAGGAGCUCUUGGAAAGGGGGUAAAAUCAUCUUGGGAGGUCACCUCAUGGAUUUUGGGAGGGGUAACCUCAGCUGGGAGGUCACCCCAUGGAUUUGGGGUCGUCUGGAGGAUUCGGGGGCCCUUCGGGAAGGAGGUGUGCUGGGAAACCUCACCUGGGAGGUGCAGGAAGAAUUUCACCACCUCUUCCACAGGGCUGGGGGUGUCACCCCCCACCCGAACCCUGCCAGCACCUGGCACCUGUGCCACCUUUGGGGGCACAAGAGGGGCUCAGGUGAGGCAGGGGAGGCCCAGCUCGGUGCCACACACAGGUGGCAGUGAGGGAUGUGACCCUGGGGACACUGCAGAGGUGACCAACAUGGCUCAGCUGUGUCAGCAGCAGCAUUGGCACUGGGAAGGUGAAGGACACAGAGUUUUUGUGGGGUUUUUGCUGGGUACAGCCAUUUUUGGGGUGGUUUUCCUCCUUUCCAACCUCUGGGAGAUGAAUCCUGGGGUUGCCAACACCCAAGGUCUCCAGGACUGAGUCAUUCCUGCAGAUAAAAACUCCCAGAUGUGUUCUCCAGCAGAAUUCCAUCUCCUGGGGGGCUGGAGGGGUCCCAGAGAGAGCCCAGAGCAGGGAUGGGAGUGGGGGAGGUGGGAGCUGCCAGGGACAGGGAGGCUUUUCCCUCUUGGAAUUCAGUUCCUCGCUGGUUCUGCUGCUCCAGAGCUGCUCCAAAGGAGAACAGCCUGGGUUUGAGGUGGUUUUGACAUGCUUUUGAGGUGGUUUUGGUGAUUUUGAGGUGGUUGGGAGGUGCCACGUGCUGUGGGGUGUGGCAGGGCAGUCCGGGGAGCAGGCAGGGACCUGCGGAGGUGUCACCUGGCCCGGUGUCACCUGGAGGGAGCUGCUGAGGUCGCAGAGAGGGGCUGGGAGGGGUCAGAGAUUCCAUCUGAGGCCACUUCUGGCAGCAGGAGCCAAAGGGUUGGGCGGAGGUGAGAGCAGUGGAGGAGAUUUGUGUCACACCUGGGGGUGACACCCACACCAGGUGACACCAGCGUGGCCCUGGGGUGACAGGGACAGAGCCACUCCAUGUCACCAUGGUGACAGCGAGUCCCUGACCCUUUUGGGGUCACUGUGUGGAGUCCUUGGGGGUGACAGACACCCCGUGUCACAGAGGAGCGGGGGCUGGGUGGCCUGGGGGUGACAGGGUGGGGUGUGGCCCCUGUCCUUUUCCCUUUGGGGGCUGGUGACACCGCGUUGUAGCUAUGAGAGGCGUGACACCGCACACGGCGGGAGGUGGCAGGGUCAGUGUCACCGUGUCUGGGAGAGCCCAGGCCACCACCCCGUCCUCAGGGGGUCCCGUUGGUGGCCCCACAUCCACCCAGUCAUGGGAUUGGGGCACGAGGAGGAUUUGGGGACCCCCUUGGAGGCUUCCUGGCCGGCACUGAACUCUCAAUAGACACGAAAGCCAUAUUUUGGGGAGCUCUGGAGAGGCCAGGGGUGGGGCAGAGGCUGGGCUGUGUUGUUGUGCUGUGGUUUUUUGUCUGUACAUAAAAGGGAGCCAACGACCGUUGAUGUGACUUUAUAACCUUUCUAAUAUCCUGUGCUAAUCUCGGAAAAUAAUCCUAUAAAUAUAUCUGGAUUACACACCUUA